AUGUCUUUGAUGACGGCUUUUUGGCUAAUCUUGAAAUUGCGAGACUUAAGUAAAAAUGGUAUCAGUACCAUUGACAGGGAGGUAUUCCGCAAUCUGACCGACUUAAAGCGUUUAGAUUUAUCGGGGAAUAUGCUGAAAACAAUCGAUAAAACGACAUUUGGUGAUGCCUUUGAGAGCCUGGAACGCCUCCGUUUGGCUAACAAUUCAAUAGCACACAUAUAUCCUGGAUCGUUUGAUCAUUUGAAAAACCUAAAGAUAUUAGAUAUAUCAUUUAACCCGCUGGCCUGUGAUUGUGAUCUGAUGUGGCUUGUGAACUGGUCAAAUACGAGGCUUGUGAAAUUACAACCAUCCCCCAAAUGUGAUUCAGAGGAUUUUAAGGGCAUUUAUCUGAAGAAGUUGAAAGUGGGCGUGGAUUUGUAUUGUGAAUCACCUCUGCAACCUUUGCUGGAGUUUAUACCAAAGCAUAACCAAGUAGUCUUCGAAGGAGAUGAAUUAGUACUAAAGUGUAGAGCACCUCGCGUAGCUAUUGGCGGACAUCGCGAAUCCGAGGAUCUACCUACAAGAGCUCAUGUGUUUUGGGGUUGGUCUGAGAAAAUACGCCAUCAAAAUUCUACUGAUGAUAUUGUGUACCGAGAUCCUACCAAGAUUUUCAAUGACGUAUUCUUGGAGAGCAAACAUACAACGGACUCGGGUAUAUUGAAUUCGGUUUUGCGAGUAGUCAGUGUUAAAAAGAAUCACACCGGAACAUUCGAUUGUACACUGAGGUCACAACAGGCCAAUCUGUCCCAUGCCAUUUCUGUUAUAGUCAUUGCCAAAAAUACUUUGUAUUGUCCGGCAGUAGAUGUUAAAACAAACAAAGGCAAUUAUCACUGGCCUCAGACAGUGCGAGGUCAAACUGUUGAACAGGAUUGCGUCGAAGAAUCAAAUGGUGGACAAGUGGCCACGUAUCACUGUGAUGAGUCGGGUAAUUGGAUCGAUCUGAAUACACAAGCCUGUUCAUAUGUUAGUCGUACAACAAGGCUUUUAGAACAAUUUGCCAAAAUGGAUCUCAAUUUGAAUAAGGCAAACGUACUCGAAAUCGCCAGAAGCGUACAUAAUUUUACGCACACCUCUUCAAAUCUUCGGCGAAUUCAGGACCCAAUAGACUUGGAGUUUGUCGCCCGAACUUUGGUCAAAUACCUCGAUUUCAUAAAAUACCAAAGUGAAUUAGCUCAUUUGCUGCUUGACAUUGUUUCACAACUUCUGUCUCUGCCCUCGAAGACAUUUUACGAAGCACAACGUGAACAUGAAAGUGGACUAAAGCUCUUGGGAUGCGUUGAGGUGGCAUCAAGAAUGGCCUCUUUAGAAUCCCCUAUCCAGGGAGAUUCGCAUGUCCUAAAAGAUGACUUAAUAUCCAUGCCUCGAAGUUUUUACGUGGAUUACUUUAUCGUCCGGCCUGAAUCAUUCACUGGUAUAUCAUGUGUAUGGAUGCAAACACUCAGUUCAUCUUCUUCGUUCGAAUGUAGCACAUCGAACGACUCAUUUCCUUCGUUUGAGAGAUAUAUUGAUGCUGCCAUUGAAAUACCUGUCAAUUCGUUGUUUGACAAUACAACUAGUGCCAAUCAAAACAUAAAAUUAAUGGUGGCCGUGUUUCGAAAUGCGAACUUACUGCCAUAUUUGUCCGAUCACGACGGCGAUGAUACUAUUUUAUCGUCUCCUAUAAUUGGAGCCAAAAUCGUGGGCGAGGAGGAUGAAGUCGGCGACUUCAGUGUAGAAGCCCUUACAGAUAUGGAGGAAAAACAUCAGAUAGCAGUUAUACUAAGAGUACAUCCGUAUCAUAAUGAGCGAAGCAAACCAAUACCAGCAUGGUGGGAUCCACAGAAGAAAAAGUGGGUUCCAUCAGCUUGCCAACAGUUGUAUCUACAUCGUGGUCUGCUUAUGUUCACAUGUAAGCGUUUUGGUUACUUUGGAAUACUUCAAGAUAGACAAUAUUUAAAUGACUUCCGGAGCGAAGAUGCUGGGGCGAGAUUUCGUUACCUUCCUUAUCCCAUUUAUAUUGGAACAUCGGUACUUUUCAUAUGUUUGAGCAUCAAUAUUGUAACGUUUGUUGUAUUCGGAAGGGCAAUACGAAUUAACCGCCAACAGCGUCACACAUUCGUAAACACAUGGCUGGCGUUGGCAUUGUUAUGUCUUGUUUUUUCAUUGGGCAUAUAUCAGACAGAACACCAGGACAAUUGUCGUGUUAUUGGCAUACUUAUACAUUACUUGUCCUUGUGUAUACUUCUGUGGCUGUGUGUAAGCCUGAGCACAAUGUACAAACGAUUGUCUAAACACCAUCGCGUUAUAGACUCCGAUUUGCCGAAAGAGGCGCGAUUGAAAAAGCCUAUUAUGGGCAUUUACCUAGUUGGAUGGGGUAUUGCUCUAAUGAUAUGCGGAAUAAGUGGAGCUGUAAACAUUAACGAAUACUCUGCCUACUCGCAUUGUUUUCUUCAUAACGCAUCUGCUAUGAAUGCUGUGCUUGUUCCUGGAGGAAUCUUGUUAAUAUUUCUUUCAAUACUAUUCUUGACAAUAUACUAUCAACUUAAUCAUCGGAGCUCCGUUGCUAAUAUGAUGCAAAAUCAUCAGUUUUCGGACAAUACACAGGCUACGGAAAAUAUCGAUAUGGAUUGGCUCGAUUCAACGACUCCGGGCAAUCAAACUCGUCGCACCAAUGCCACCACCAAAUCUCUCAACAUUGACCAAUACACCAGCCUAACAAGCAAUACCGCAGCCAGUAGCAUUGUUGAUGAUUUUGAACGAUCCAAUUUAUCGCAUUUGAGGGCGCACUUGAUCUUUUUGGUGCUCUAUAUAACAGCAUGGCUUUCGGCUCUGGCAUUCGUUAUGCAUUCUUCUGCAGCCGAACAUGAAUCGAGCCACAUGUAUUGUGUAAUAUUUACAAUUUCAUGCUGUGUACUGGGGGUUUUCAUGCUGCUUUUCUUUACCCUAACCAGAAAUGAUACUCGCCAGCAAUGGGCGCAAAAUCCAUGCUGUGGUAAAAUGCCUAAUGAUGGCUACGAUGCAAGUAACUACAACGACGGCAUCGCCCCCGUCGCUAACAGUGUGUUGGCAUACAAACCUGCAUACGAAGGAGCUAAUAACUCGGGGGCAUCGCGUUCCAACUCUCAGUGCUCAAAACACCGGACAGGCAGCAUCCGAAAUGGAAACGUUGAUUGUACCACGCAACACCUUUUGAGUGUUUCGACGUCGUCUGCAGCACCGCCACCUGCAGCAAUAAUUAAUAACCAACAUAUUGCAGGCAUGGGCGUAAUGUCACACGACAUUCCUAGCGCCGAAAUCUUCUACAAUCCCAACCAAAUUAAUGUGGCUAGAAAGUUCUUUAAAAAACAAAAAAGGUUGGCUAAACGUAAUAAUUUCGAACUGCAACGGCAGAAGGAUCGCAACGAAUAUGGUGCAGGUGGACAUGGUGCCGAUACUAUGAGCGAUGGAUCAUCCACAACGGGUAGUGCCAAUAUAUAUUCAAGAAGACACAAUGCAAUGACAUUGAAGCUGUUGAGUAGCGGCGUGGGCAAAGUUAACAAUACCAAUAUUAACUACAAACCUGACUAUAAUAUGGGUUACAAGAAUUGCAACAGCAGCUCCGUGCAUAAUCCCCUGACCAAUUUCGAAGACGAUGCCUUCUUCGCGCCUCCAGGUCCUAUCAACAACCACAAUGACAAUUCGUUAAGGAAACGAGCCACAAUUCUUUCGAUGAACAUCUAUACAAAUGUCAAUGAGACAAUGGUGCCACAGCAUGAGGUGCACAAGGUUAAGCCACGAUCGCUCAAGCCUUUGGAGGAGCACCAUGAAGAGUUGGAGGAAAUCGAUAGCAGUUCGCAUGAUGGCGAAAAUGUCCCUCUUUAUGAAAAUACCAAACCCGCGAAUCAAGUUAAGUCUUUAUCGAGCAAUAUAUUUAAUACUUCGUUUUCGAAUGUGCCAGCAACUUCCACCCCAAAUAAAAUAUUAUUACCUACCAAAGUCGAUGACAAUGUACAACAACAGUCGUCUUCGUUACUUUUGGAUAAUGAAGACAAGGAGGCCAUGAACAGUUUGGGCCUCCCUUCGCCCUCUCCUAACAAUGUUCUUCCCAAGUUGAGUGAAGUAGUAAGCAGUGAUGAGGAUGACGACACUACCUGCAAAGAACCGGCGUUAAAACGUGACGAAAUCUACGUUUCAAAUUCGUUGCAAAUAACCAACAGAAUCGAUGUGGAGGACGAUUUCGGUUCUGUGCUCAUACGUUGCACGAAUCAAACGAAACACUCAAAAUCGCUCAACAAUUUAGACGUUAUUUUUGAAGGCGGAGUAGUAAAAACGAAAUCGAGCCUUAGUAACGACAUUGACAAAAAUAGUGUCAACUAUGGUUCCGAAAAUAUUUUGGCCCACACUUCACCAAGCGCCGUUGCCCCCUCCCGCUGUCCAUCAUUUUAUGAAUCGCAGAAUGCCGGGAAAAAGAGCAUAUCGUCGAAUUCUCUUUCCGCAUGUGAACUCAAGUCACAGCCUUCACAGAAGUAUUUAAUUGAUAAUGGUACAUCAGACGAACGGGAGGUUAAUGUUGCCGGGCCCUUUCAUAUGGUCGCUGGUUCUUGCACUAGAUCUGGUAGCCCAACAAAUGAAAGUGAUCUGAAUUAUCAGAAUUCGGAAAUAAGCAUACGUAGCCAUGGACUGUAUGCUCCGCAAGUCGACAACGACUUGACCUUAACAGAUGAUUUCCGUUAUCAAUCGUCCAAUGCAAGUGAGGCCGAUAUGGGCUGCUUGAAUGACUUUGAGGAUGAAUACUCCGUUUUCGGUGCCAAUAAUUUCAAUCAUGAUCAUCAUUUAGAUGGUGACCACGAAGUUGAACAUACGGAUCAGGUAGAUGCUAUCAACACAUCAAUUGAUGAACUAUACGAAGCAAUCAAGCGUCGACGCAGCCCUCAACAGGAAGAACCAAACACUGGAAUUGUCGAUGAAACUUUAUAUGCCGCCCUGACUGAUCCAACAAAUAAUAGCAUCAUUGAUGAUCCUGCUUCAGCUUCCGAACCGAAUGCCAAAAUAUCCAUGAACGCCGAUUCGCAACAUGCAAUGCCGUUUUUGACACCAGUCGUUGUGGCCGAAAAUGCGACAGACAGCAGUCAGAGUAGUGUAAUUUCGUAUAUAGAUCCGAAGACUGCAAGGAAUCCCACAAGCUGA